AUGUCUUCAACCGAAUCGAUCGACAUCGGCACGCCCUCUCCCCGACAGAGCCCAGUGCCCGUCAGCAGCUCCAGAAUGCAGACAUGGUGCGGCGAGCGGCAACAGAGCGCAGCGUUCAUCGACAUCGGCACACCGCCGCCGCUUCCAGCAACAGGCAUCUCUGCGGCCGAGACGUCGGCCUCGAUCCCUCCAGACGCCACAGGAGAUCACUGGCGCAAAGACGUGCUCGAGGAGAUCGACGACCCCAGCGAGCUGCUUGCCAGGCCUCUCUCUAGGCCCUCGCCACCCACGCUGCCGUCCCUGAGAGCGUCAGAUACGGACUCAUCAAGCCAAAGCCUCCCAUCGGCCAGCAUGAAAACGCGUACAUUGCCUCCCGGCUUCACCGGCGGUUCGUCAACUGGAGACAAGCGCGGUCCACGUCGACGUGACCCUACCGCAGCGCACAGCAACUCUGGGCUCCCGGUUCCGAGCAGGAUAUGGCAACCUGCGGUGCGCACCAUUCCAGCGUCAAACGACGACGAUAACGGCUUUGUCAUCAGCGGCAGCGGCGCUCGGGUUCCAACUACAUUCCUCGACAGCUCUGGCGCCUACUCACAUGCCUCUGCAGAGGAGGUCCGCAGACAGCAGCAGCGGAUGUGGGCCGAUGGUGUGAAUCGGACCGGGAGCAAAGGCGCUGAAGGCUCGCACACGGCGAUACUCCACACCUCGUCCGCGCCGAAAGUAGCACAGACAGCUCAGCGGCGAGCGCUGAGCUCGUCCGACGGUACGCGGGCCCUGAGCGCAAUUGAUCUCACCGGGGAUGAUGAGGAGGUCGACGCAGUCCCGUCGGCACAGCGCUCAUCCGCCACCAGUGGGAAGUCCGAGGCCAAGCUCGAGGCCUAUGUCGUCGACGAUGACGAUGACGACGACGACGAGCCCAUCAUCGUGUCAUCUCGCUCGGCUGACGGUGGAGAGGUGGUGCUCGACGAGCAGCGCAACAAUGCCAUCGUCUGCCUGGGCAUGAUCACCUCGGUCGUCCUGUGCAUGUAUGGCUUGCCUCCGCAGCUCACCUUCGCCGGCGGAACCAAUGGUUCGUCCGCUCCGCCUCCCACAGAUCCUGCAUACGAGCGGCCCCAUUGGCCCAGCUCGACGAGUUUCUGGGCGGAAAGAGGGUUCCGACCGGUGAUGCUCUCAGUCAGCCAAACAAGCGCACCAGGUGCCAUCGGCGCAGGCCGGUCGCUGCCGGAAAGUUGGGGCGUCAGGGCCAAACCCGCAGACGUCAAGGUCGGUGUCGUGCUUCCGCCCCUGCUGGCGCACCCCGACCUGCCGCCAGAAGAGGCAAAGCGGCUCGGACCCAGCCUGCUGCCGCCAUUCGGCUCGCUGGCGGAGAAGUACGUGGCGGCGCUGGAGCCGCUGAUGCGGAACAACAAGAUCCGCUGUGAGGCGAGGUGCCGCCUCGUUAGCGGCGGAAGAGCAGGGAGCUUUCUGCACUCGAUCGAGAUCCUUGUCUUCGCACUCAGACCAGACAUUGCCCUGGUGUCGGACAAGCUGUCAUCGCACGGCAUCCAGCUCGAGCAGCCCGCCACGUAUCGGCCAGAGGAUUAUCCGACGAGCCCGGAGUACUCGAACCCGCACAACCCGCCAACGGGGGGCUACCGCAACGACGCUCGCUCCUCUUACAGCGGCCUGUACCGCGGCAGUAACAUGGGAACCACGCUGCAGACCAAGGAGGCUACCGAGAAGCAGAAGCGGGAGCAGGUCGACGCCAUCUACAGCAGCAUCACCAGCGGCGAGGAGCUCGAGAUGGUCGACCCCCGACCGGUGAUCAAAACACGCCUCUUUCAGCACCAGAAGCAGGCGCUCAGCUUUUUGCUGGAGCGCGAGCAGCACAGGAGCUGGUCCGACCUCAAGCGGCGCUCUCCAGCAAAUGAGAUCGACGUUUCGGGUACGAGAAGGCCCGCGCCGGUCUCAUCAGCAUCGGUGGCGAGGGUCGAUGACGUGAUCGGUCAUGGCGGAGAAAGCGAGAGCGCCAAGGUGCGCAAGAGGAGGCGCGAUGAGGAUUCGGUCUCCCUAUGGACCGUCAAUUGGGACUCGCGGGGCAAGGCACGCUCCUACGUCAACCUCAUCACACAGAGGGAGGUCAAGAAGCCUCCGACGAUCUGCCGCGGCGCAAUGCUUCUGGAUGACAUGGGCCUCGGCAAGACGAUCACCACGAUUGCUUUGAUAGCGCACACCCUCGAAGAGGCCGAUGCUUUCGGCGAUAGCGAUCUUGCCUCGUACCCGCCGCCGGACGAAUCGGAUCUUGGCGACGACGAUCGCAAGGCGCGCGACGAUAGCAUAGAACUGGUGACCGCCGAUGAUUUCUCCUCGUCGAUCCUCCCAACCCCUCGCCCCGCCAAGAAGGCGAAGAAGGCGAACGCUCGUAGUUCGCCCAAGCCAAAGCGCAAGGUCAGCCGGAGUAAGCGCGACCCAGAGGCGGUGCGCCAGGCCCACCUCGAGCGUCGCAGCCGCGCCACCCUGAUCGUGUGCCCGCUCUCUGUCGUCGCAAAUUGGGAAGAGCAGAUCCGCGAGCACUGGGACAAGAAGCGUCCGCCCCGCAUCUAUGUCUACCACGGCAACUCAAGAGUCACCGACACGGCGAGGCUGUCCAACCACGACAUCGUGCUCACCACGUACCCGACGCUCGGCCACGAAUUCAGCAAUCAGAAGACGUGGCUCGACGAGUCGGGCUCGUCGGGCAAGGGCCGAGGCGCCGAGCAGGAGGAGGAGGAGGACGACGACGACGACGCCAUCAUCAUGGUCAACGAGAACGGUAUCCCUGUCGAAAAAAAGAAAAAGUCCAAGAAAAGGAAGAAGAGGAUCGAGGACGGCAAAGAGUCGGCCAACGCGCUGCAGCGCAUCGAGUGGUUCCGUGUCGUGCUCGACGAGGCGCACUACAUCAAGGGCGCCCUGACGUGGCAAAGCAAGGCGGUCUGCAAUCUCUCGGCCCAGCGCCGCCUCUGCCUGACGGGCACGCCGAUCCAGAACAGCACCGAUGACCUCUACGCGCUACUCAAGUUCCUGCGCCUUGAUCCCUUUACCGACCGCGCCGUGUGGAACGAGUUCUGCGGCCACAAAGACAACUCGCCCGCAUUGCGACGCUCCAAGAUGGCAGCCAAGGACAGUGCUGACCCCAUCGACCCCGCCAGCCUAGGCCACAUCCAGAUCAUCAUGAAGUUCCUCGCGCUGCGGCGCACGAAGGACACCAAGGCGGCCGACGGCGAGUCGAUUCUGCGCUUGCCGCCCAAGCUCUCCAAAACCGAAAUGCUCGACUUUGAAGAGAGCGAAAAGGCGAGGUACCAUGCCCUUCACAGCCGGUACAAGGAGGAGUUCGAAGAGAUGCUGCGGGACGAUACGCUCAACCACAAUUACGCCACCAUCCUCCACGAGAUUCUCAAUCUGCGCCUGGCGUGCGAUCAUCCCUCGCUGGUCGACGCGAGCAAGGAUGCCAAGCGCAGGCUGGCGGGUCUUGGCUCUGACCCGAGUCAUGCGAUCAGCCAGGAUGGACUCAGCCGCGAGCGCGCGGCCGACCUCUUUGCCGUCUUUCGCGACAGCGGCAUGGCCUUUUGCAACGAAUGUCAGGCCGACCUGACCCAGUUGACGCCCGACAGCGACGGGCUCGGCGCCAGCGGCAGCGUAGAUGCGCUCGAUGACGCCUUGCACGCGGCUGCGGUCGACCAGGAUCGCCGGAUCGCAAGCAUCCGCAAGGGCAAGAAAGCGUCGGCGAGGUCGACGGAUGGCUUCCAGACGCCCGUAAGCGCUGACGACGCCGCUUCGACGACUCCAGCCGUGCGGCCGGUCGUCACUCGGUGCCAGCACCUCAUCUGUUCGACGUGUUUCAAGCGCCACGUCGGCGCAGCUUGGCCCCGGCCCAAGCUGACCGACGCGCACUAUUGUCCGGCUUGCCGCUCGGCGCUCAAACUGGCCAUCGACGCGAUCCAACUGGAGCCUGCCGACUUUGCCACGGACGAGGAACAGGACGUUGAGGACGACGACAAUGGGGCCAACGAGAACGGCAGCGUCAAGGGAGAUGGGAGCGGAGCUGGCAGCGACGACGAGAGCGACUUUGACUGGCAGGACGAGACCGGAGGCAAGCCGGACAAGGAUCAACGUGGAUCGGCUGAUAGCGAUGUCGAAACGGCCGACACUGACAGCACCACCGAAGAUGAAGACAAGGGCACGAGAAGCGGCGAUGUACGGCCUCCAGCUACAGGAGCUGGCAAGGGCCGUGCCCCGCCCAGGAGGGAAUUCCGACUCUCGGCGGCCACCACCCCCGCGGCAUCCCGCAAGCCGCGGGGAGACGUGUCCUUGCACGAUCGCACCGACCUGAGCACCAAGGUGCGCGCCCUGCUGAGUGACCUGAUCCCCUUCUCGCGGUGCAACCCUCGGUCGGCUCUCUACGACCCCACCGCCCCGCUUCUCGAGCACGUCGACCCAAAGACGGCGGACGACGAGGAGGUGCGGCAGGCGAGCGACCCGGUCGUAGUCGUUCAAAAGCCGCCAAGCCAAUUGGACGGCUUCGAACCGGUCAAGUCGGUCGUCUUCUCUCAGUGGACCAAGAUGCUCGACCGCAUCGGCAAGAGUCUCAGGUUGACGGGCAUUCGCUUCGCCCGGCUCGAUGGCACGAUGCGGAGGCAGGAUCGAAACGCCGCUCUGGCGCGCUUCAAGAGCGACCCGGGCACCGAGGUGCUCCUCAUCAGCCUGCGCGCCGGCGGUACCGGACUUAACCUCGUCAGCGCAUGCCGAGCCUACCUGAUGGACCCCUACUGGAACCCGGCCGUCGAGAAUCAGGGCCUCGACCGCGUGCACCGCAUGGGACAGCGUCGACCAGUCAUCACCGUCAAGUACAUCAUGAAGGACAGCAUCGAAGAAAACAUGCUCGAGCUACAGAAGCGCAAGAUGCAGCUGGCCAACAAGGUUGGCGAACGGCGCCAGGUCGGCGGCGGCGGCGGCGCCAGCUCGGCCGGAACCGCAAACAUCGCUGCCGCCUCGAGUUCGGGCGGUGGCGAUCGAAAGGCGGAGAGGAGGGAGGAGCUCAGUAUCCUCUUCAGCUAG